AUGUCAGCUCGAAUAGAGAAUAUGUACACCCUUCUAGUGGCUCAUUUCGUUUGUUGGGUGCUAUUUGGCAAAGCAGAUGUAUUCAAGAAAUUCAAAGACGAGGAGGAAGGGAAAUUUGAAGAAUCCCUGAUCACAGACGCUCAAGAGUUGUUAAGCUUGUAUGAAGCAACACAACUCAUGGUGCAUAGAGAAUGUCACAUACUAGAGGAAGCACUAGUAUUUACUACUACCAACCUCGAGUCCUUGUUACCCCACUUGAACAAUCUCUUUGCAGAACAAGUCAAUCAUGCCCUACAGCUGCCCAUCCGCAAGGCCUUGACAAGGCUAGAGUCGAGGACUUACAUGACAAUUUAUCAAGAAGAUGACCGGCAUAAUCAAAUACUACUCAACUUUGCUAAAUUAGAUUUUAAUCUAUUGCAGAAAGUGCAUCAGAGGGAGUUGAGUGGUAUUACAAG